AUGGUUCAGGGAGUUCGUCGAUUACUAAAGCUCAAGACGUUCAUACGACCAGAUUCCAAGAUACAACAUGAAUCGAAAUCAACUAAUUCCAAGACAAUGAUUCGAUUAGCAAAACGUAUUGCAAUGUCAGGAUUAUGUUCAAGACGUGAAGCUGAGCUUCAAAUUCAAGCCUCCAAAGUGAAAGUCAAUGGUGUGGUUAUCACAAAUGUGACUACAAAUGUCAAUGUUGAAAACGAUGUCGUGAUGGUCAAGAAUCAAGUGUUAACAACGAAGAAUCGUCAAGUUUGGAUCGCUCAUAAGUUAAAAGGAGAAUUAAUUACAACGAAAGAUCCAAAAGGACGGACCACAAUCUUUGAUCGAUUACAAAAGAUGGGAUUUCAUCAACAUAUUAUGCCAGUGGGUCGAUUGGAUUUUAAUACGGAAGGAUUACUUUUACUUACAAAUGAUGGAGAUUAUGCAAGAGAAUUAGAACAUCCAUCGAAUGGUGUAACUCGAGUAUAUCGUGCUUUAGUACGUGGUCAUGUACUUGAUUCCAAGAUCUUGGAAUUAAAACGAGGACCAGUGAUUCAUGGAAUGAAAUAUCGUCCAAUUCAUGUGACUGUUCAAUCGAGAAAUGCUAAAGAUUCAUGGUUACAUGUUCUUGUGACGGAAGGAAAGAAUCGUGAAGUUCGAAAAGCUUUAGCACAUGUGCGACUUGUAGUGAAACAAUUGAUUCGUAUUCAAUAUGGACCAUAUCGUCUUGCUGAUCUUCCACCUGGUGCUGUUUUGGAAGUACGUGCGAAAUCACUUUCGAAACGACAAACUUGA